UUUGAGCAGUGAGCACUUGUCCGGGGUUGUUGUCCUCACAGCAGAUACUUCGGAUUCUAUACGUGAAGGGAAAGGAAGCCGUGUUUGCCGGUAGUGUGCCUAGUGACUGAAUGAAGCCGACGAAAUCCCAUUACUCGUACUUAGUGGGUUAAGAAUCCAGAAGCUACUGAGACUUGAAUUUCUAUGCGCGAGAACGCCAAAUGCCCCAACUUCCUAUCUAUGGUCAAGUGUUUUUGUCUAGUAUCUUAGUAACGAAUGCACACACAUGAAUGUAUCUAGUGCGCGCGCUUAGAAUAAAUUCAAUUUUCUAGUUAAGUGUUGGAGUAUCUACGGCACAUCGCAAACUAGUUGGCAUAAAUUUCAUUAACGGGUCAAUAAAAAGUGUGUGACACGGUUUAGUUAACUCAUUUUGGGAUGAUUGUGUGAAAUUCGCCACGCUGUUAUCACAAUAAGUGAGCUGUUAUCGCCGUCUAUAGACGUUAUCGAAAACCCGAGAACGACAAUUCCCGUCGCCUUUAUCACGGGGGCACCAUUCCGCUGGCAUAGUUGAAUUGGCAUUUCGAUAGUGAACUUCCUUUGGAGACACUCAGACAGCGCAUUGGCUGCUCGUCGACCCCGAAAGGAAUCGGUGAUUAAGCGUACACUCUCCGGUUGUGGAAUUGUUGUUAAACAACUUCUUUUUUGCUCCUCUACGUUUCCAUCUUCGCCUGGAUUCGAAUUAUACGGAAAAUGAUUCAUAGAGUGUAGCGAAUCCGUAGCGAUCCAACUCGAAAUUCUGGCUGAAUGUGGUAGCCAACAACAAGUAAAAGGAAUAUAAGUGAAGAUUUUAGGCGCCGCUUUGUGCCUUUGAAGUGAUAGAAACGAAAAUAGCUCUAUAGCGACCAAGAUACCGAAUUAUUAUAUUUUUGCUUUACGCGAAUAUACAGAGUUCGAGACGUUGACCGGGUGAAUCAGCUUCACUAGAAGAUUUGCAAUUGGAAAGAACAAAGAUGAUCACAAUGAGAUUCAUCACUUAUGUAUGCUUAGCUGUUUUAUUUUCAGGUUUAAUAGGAUCCUGUUCCGCCAUACAAUGUUAUCGAUGCGUUGUAACACCAACAUAUAGAUCAGACUUCAAUACCACCAUUCCUCUAUGUUCAAAAUUUGAAGAAACCGAUGAAUUUGUCAUUGAUUGCCCAUAUUCAACGAUGUGCCAGAAGAAGGUGCUCAGGAUGGAAUUGCAGAAGGAUCAUGUAAUAGAGACAGUAACUCGAGGCUGUGCAAAUCAAAAAUAUACCGAUCAAGUAUUCAAACAAGGAGCCUGGCGUCGGGAGCACAAAGUCGAAGAGCCUUACAGUGAAGAGUGUCGAGAAUUCAAGGAGAACACCCUGUCAGCAUCGAGUACGACAUAUUGCCACUGCCGAGGCAACUUAUGCAACUCAGCAACAAAAGAUUCCGCAGGCUACCACACGGACGCGAUGGCGGUUAUUUUCGUAUUCAACGCAAUGAAGUACCUUCGAAGCGGUACGGCACAUUGAGAGAACUUAGCGAACAUAUGAAAUUAUACACUAUUCAGAUAUUUAGUCCUUCACAAGAUCAGAGAUUGCAGAUGUACAUAUUAGUCACAAAGUGUAUUGUUCCCGGGAAGCACUUUGCCCUUGGGGAGCAACUUAAUGAAAUAUAACUGCCAAAUUACGAACAACCUCACAAUCAAUAUGUGCAUUACUUUAGGUAGGAAUUUAUCUUAAUUUAUAAUUUUUGUUGUGACAACAUUCCUCGAGUAGAAUGACGCCGCGACAUGGUCGUGAACAUGCGUUCUUGGUUAUUGUGAUAGGAAGACUUGCAACAUGGUGAUGAUUGUUGUUAUCGUUAGAACACAUUUUCUAUGCUUGAUUACAUGCAACGCUUUAUAAAUGAAGUGUGAUUUUAUUCGUUCCCAAAUAUACACAUGAUAUCAUUGACGUGGAUAAGCUUGCGAGUUGUAUUCAUUGUAUAUUAUCAUUAGACUUUGUUAUUUAUAUAAGUUAUUUUUAAACGAAUAAUAAAGUGAAAUUAGCACUACUGUGA